GGCGCGGCGUUUCCCGCCUAGUCUUCUCCCAACCCCGGGCUGAGGGGGGCGCGCGCGCGCGGGGGAGCGCCGGUUUGGCGCUAAGCGGGUGGGGAGCUCGCGCCCGGGAAGCCGCCUCGCGCCCGGCUCCGUCCCUCCCUCGGGGCUCCCUCCGUCCCCGCCUCAGGGCGCUCGGCUCCCUCAGCCUGCGCUGGGCUGGGCUGGGGAGGGAGGAUGGUGAACGUCGCAGGGGCCCUUAGGGCGUUCUGGAGCUGGUAGCGAGCGGCGCAAGAAGGAGGUUAAAAAUAUUUUUUUUUUAAAUCGGUGCUGAGCGCUGAGUUGGAAGAAGGCUUGAGUCCUUGUGGGGUGCUCGGAAGUGACGGGAUGAGGGGGCCGCUGGCUCCUCCUGCAGUCAGGGAAACAUUAACUUGGAGCGCUGCUGUCAUUUGGGGGCCAAAGAGGUUAGAAAGUACCUUGCAGAAAACAGCUUACGACUAAAUAGGCGCAAACGACAAUGCAAAUUCCAGUUUUUACGGUUGAUGCAUUUACAAACCGGCCGUUUUCUGGGAAUCCUGCGGCAGUUUGUCUGCUUGAAAAUGGCUUGGAUGAAGAUUUGCACCAAAAAAUCGCAACAGAAAUGAACCUUUCAGAAACUGCUUUCAUCAGAAAACUGCACCCUGGAGAUGACUUUAGCACAGGUUCCUCCUUUGGACUCAGAUGGUUCACCCCAACCAAUGAAGUUCCUCUCUGUGGUCAUGCUACGCUUGCAGCAGCUGCUGUGUUGUUUCACAUCCAAAAAAACACAAAUUCAGUUCUCACAUUUGUGACUCUGAGUGGGGAAUUAAAAGCCAGACAAGUGGAAGAUCAUAUUGUCCUCGAUUUACCACUUUACUUAACCUACCCACAGGUACUUCGGGAAGUAGAAGAGUUAAUAAAGGUAGCCAUUGGUGACAUGGUUGUUCAAGAUCUUCGUUAUUCUCCUGACACAAAGAAACUCUUAGUCCGCCUCAGUGAUGCUUAUGAAAGGUCUGUGCUGGAGGAACUGCAAGUGAGCGCACAACGCUUUUUGUCAGCUGAAAGGACAGGAAAGGUGAAAGAACUCAUACUGACUCUUAAGGGAAAUUCCAGUGGAAAACAUAAAGGCCAUGAUUUUUACUCCAGAUAUUUUGCACCUUGGUACGGAGUUCUGGAAGACCCUGUCACAGGAUCUGCCCAUGCUGUUUUAAGCAGCUACUGGUCAGAGCAGCUGGGGAAGAAAGAAAUGCUUGCUUUUCAAUGUUCCCGCCGUGGAGGAGAGUUGAGGAUUUCACUGCGUAAUGAUGGAAGAGUUGACAUUGCGGGGAAAAUUGCUAUUGUAUUAAGAGGAAACCUGACUUUUUGAAGAAAUUGACGCUAAUCUCCCACACCUUCAAACUGUUCAUAUUAAGCUGAUUAUAUCUUCGCUCUAGGCAGUGAAUCACCAUGGUCCUCAAAAGUCUUUGAUUACUUACUGUCCGUUUUUAAAAAUUGCUCGACAAUGCUCACUUCUAAUCUUGAAGAUCCUUGGUAUUGUUAUCUUCACUUUCAUCUUGCCACUUCACAUGAACACUGACCUCAGAAAACAUCCAAGGACAGCUGUCUUGUUUUUCUGCUGUUAAAUGAUUCUGUUCUUUAUUUCCAAAUUUGGUGUUAAAAGCAAUUCCUGCUUCCCAGAUUGAAUUGUAAACUUUUACGAUUGAUAAAAUAAUCAACCUUUUUUCAUAUUCAGUAAUUUUCCAUGAAAUAUGACUAACAGUCCUUUUUUUUUUUUUUAAAUAUCUUUUCUCUGACAUAUAUUGAAAUGAUGCUGAUAAGUUAAUUAAUUAACUUGAAUUAAAAUAUGAAAAAAUAUAAAGAGUUUAGAAAUGAGCUUUAUGGUUCUCUUUUAUGAACAUUAUUUUUCUAAGAUGAAUGAUAUUGCAGUGGCCCGUAGUACUGCUGCUUAGCUAAUAUUUUUAAUUAAAGUUUUAGCAGAGGGAUUUAAGAGAUUGACAUAAGGACAUAAAAAUGAUUAAAAUCUGAAAGAAAACUUUAUAGGUUACAGCAAUGUUAUGUACUUUUCAAAGACUGAAGAUUUGCUCAUAAAGUUUCUUCUGUAGUUUUCUUCAUGAAGUGUACUGAUUCAGAUUUUGUCACUUUCUCUUUUAGUGUUCUUGUCAUUCUCUUGAUUUAUUAGGAAUAUUGAACUGUGUCAGUUACUCUAGCUAAAACUCUGGUUUCCCUUUCAAAUGAGUUGUUUCCUAAGCUUUGCUUUAGUUCUUUGCAGCAUUUCAGGAUGAAUUAUUUUAAACUCAGAUACAUUUUCAUCCUGUGGGAACAGCUGGAUGUCAGCCCCUCAUAAAUUAUGAGGAACUUAGUUGUGCCAAGUUUCCCUGUUUCCACUUACUUUGAAUUCUACCAUAACUUGUAACUUACAUCUUACUUAAGUCCGGGUAGCUGGAGGCAGGUAACAGUGUGAGAAUCCUAGAAUUCAUUUGAAAGUUUCUAGCUCCUGCAGCUACACAGAACAUAUGGAAAAUAUGAUUUAAAUGCACUGCUAGCUGGCAAGCAAAAGGAAUUUUCAGAUGGAAAUGCAUGUUGUUUUUCCCUGUUCAGUCUUGAAGUUCAUGGACCUGAAAUGUGGUUUAUAAACAUGAACUCAUCAUCAGAGGCAAGACAUGGCUAUGGAGCCAGCUUAACGGCAAUGUUGCGAUGGCAUAUUUAGUAGCUGCCUUGACCUUGCCUUCUCACAAAGCAAAUUGAUCACUUUCUGACUGGUGACCUGAACCUUCUUGAGGAGCAGUACUGCAGGCUUGUUUUGCUGCAUUUGCUACUUCCUACUGGCUUAUGUAAAGAGUGAAUCUGGCCCAUAAUCCCGAGAUUCUUUGGAAAAAAAAAAAUCAAACCUUCCUUAAGAAUAUAAAUGAACUAAAGAAGCAAUUAUUCACCCAUCCACAUUUAACAAAUAGACAGUACAAUUAUUUUUUUACUCAGGGGGACUAAUGAACAAAGCCCAGUAAAUUUUAAAUAUACUUGCUAUCUAAAUUUCCUGACCAAACCAGUAUCUCUACUGCUUAAUGAAUUUUUUUUUAGUAGUUUAUUGCUACUUUGUCCCUAUUUCUGCUCAGGAUAGAAAAAUCACCAGAGCUCAGGUGGGAAACUAUGCAGUAAUGUGUUUGUAAUCAACAGAUUAGUUAAUCAGCCAUGAUUUAUUAAUGAUGAAUUAAUUAUACCUGAUUGUGCAGUUCUGCUGCCUAAAUGGAGCUUUAAAGGGGUUAUUUUAUUAAUCAUCAUUGUGCUAAUUGCAGACACUUACAGAAGGAUUGCUAAUUAAACAUGCAACCAUAUGCAAAACAAGCAAGGCUGCUGAGAGUGGCAAGAAAAAGAGCACUCAUUUUCUGAGUAGCAACUUUAUUCUCGUGAAAUAUUGUGUAGUUGACCUGCUGAUCCUAAUUACUCACUAAGAUUUAUUUUAAUACAUUGCACAUUUUUGGUCAACAGUAAAGGAAAAUAAUUGUUGUGACAAAUUUUGUCCAUCUUUCCUACUGCAAAAAAUAGGUUGGGUAAACUUCAAAUAAAAUUUAGAAUUUG